AGGAUCCGCCCAGAAACAAAACAAGCAAUUAAAAAUAAAAGCCUGGGAGGGUAAUGAUGAGGUUUCAGAGAGAUGACUGAUUUCCUGAAUUUCCUUCGCUGAUGGUAAAUUAAAAUUUCAAUGCACAAGUCAUAAAUUGCUAUUCUGCUGCUUGAUGUUACAUGCACAUCCAAGGAAGUAAGUCUCUCUCUCCACAGAGAGAGACUGUAAAAUGCAUGUUAUGAAUUGUGUCUCCUUGAUCAAUGAUAAAGAAAAUGGAGCUAUUUCAGUGGAAGCUGGAUUAAUGAUCGGAGAUACAACAGAACCAGAAGAGCAGCUGCCGCCGCCGCCGCCGCCACCACUGCCACCGCCAUCAUGUCUGUCCACAGAAGCUGGAUUUUCUUCAACAGUGGGUGUGCCACCCCCACCCCCACCUCCACCCCCAGUACUGAGCAGAACUUCAUUGCCACAGCUGGUAAACGGACAUGGCCAUCUGAGCAAGAAGAAACGAAUACGUAGUUUCUUCUGGAAAACUAUCCCUGAAGAACAAGUCCGCGGUAAAAACAAUAUCUGGACUAUUGGUGCUAAACAGAACUACCAGAUUGACACAAAGACAAUUGAGGAAUUCUUUGGUCAGCAAGAAGAAACUGCACCCCUAGAUUCCAGAAGCAGAGUCUCAAGGAGGUCAUUUAAAGAUACCAAACAAGAGAUUAAUAUUUUGGGUGCCAAAAGAAGUAUGAAUAUUGGGAUAUUUCUCAAGCAGUUUAAAAAAUCUCUUGAAUCCAUAAUUGAAGAUCUUCAUUCAGCAAGAAGCGAUCUCUAUAGCUCUGAAAUUCUACGUGAACUUUUCAAGUUAUUGCCAGAAACAGAAGAGGUAAAGAAAUUGAAGGAUUUCAGUGGAGACACGUCAAAACUGUGUCAAGCAGAUUCUUUUAUGUACUUACUAAUCCAAGUGCCAAACUAUUCACUGCGAAUUGAAGCCAUGGUUUUAAAAAAAGAAUUCUCCCCAUCUUGUACUUCUCUACAGAAAGACAUGACAAUUAUAAGAAUGGCUACAAAGGAGCUGAUGUGCUGCGAAGAGUUACAUUCCAUAUUGCACUUGGUCCUUCAGGCUGGGAAUAUUAUGAAUGCAGGCGGCUAUGCCGGCAAUGCAGUUGGGUUUAAGCUGUCGUCAUUACUCAAGUUGGCAGAUACAAAAGCAAACAAGCCUGGGAUGAAUCUGCUUCAUUUUGUUGCUUUGGAAGCCCAAAAGAAGGAUAAAGUUCUUCUAACCUUUUCAGAAAAAAUGCAGCAUGUUCAGGAGGCCGCCAGAAUAUCUUUUGAAAGUAUAGAAGCAGAGCUUUGUUCGCUGUCAGCCAAAACAAAAUCUCUUAAGGACAAUAUUCGGCGGGACUCAGAACUCUUCCGCCAGAUGGAAGGCUUCCUCCAGUUUGCUGUAAAAGAACUAAAAGAGCUGGAACACUGGAAACGAGAUUUACUGAAGGAAGCCCAUGCCCUUAUAGACUUCUUGUGUGAAGAUAAAGAAACUAUGAAACUGGAGGAGUGUUUUCAGAUAUUUAGGGAUUUUUGCCUAAGAUUCAACAAAGCUGUUAAGGAAAACAAGGAUCGAGAGGCACAAGAACUUCAGCAGCUACAAAGAUUAAAGGAUUUGGAGGAAAAACGCCGAUCGUGGGUUGCUGGCGAGCUUGGGGCUUUUGGACGGAGCAGCAGUGAAAAUGACGUUGGGACAUUGACUAAGAGAGGACUUGAAGAAUUCCUACCCUUCUUACAGCAGAGACCCCAAAGCCCUUCUUACAGAAAUGCCAGCAUCAGGCGUUCCCGGCAUUCCUUGGGAGUCACUGCGGACCGAGAGCUGCUGUCUUUCCUGGAGACCUCAAAGGGCGAGGAUCCAAAUAAGUUCAACAGCCUUCCCCGUGCACAUGCAUGUCAAGCAAGACCAAGCAUGGCCUGGACUGAUGCUAAAGAACCUGAAGAUGCCAGUUUUACUACCUUGCGCUUAGACCAGGCAUCUGAAGCCGGCACGGACUGCAAUUACUUCCAGUUGCCCCCAUCUCAGUCUGAUCGCCUAGGAGACCUUGAGGAGGUAGACACUGCACGUACCAACCUCUAUAAUCGUCAAGAGAGUGCUAGCAAUGACAAGUACAGGUUCAAUAUGCCUUGUGUGGAAGCCACUGAUGCAGCCCCCUGGGACCUUCCAGUUGAAGAACAUCAACUUGUCUCAGGGCAGCAUAAGUUUGACCUCCACGAAGCGAACAACAUGGAGGACCCAUCUGCAGUUCAUUUUGAGGCUGGGGCAAAAGUUUUGGAGACUCUGGGUGACUUGAACUUACACUCUCUUGGCAUAGCAGGCCAUCCUGUAGCAUCCUGCAGAACAUCUAAAGAGACUGCUUAUAAAGCUGAAUGCUCUGCCAAAGUGGUAAGUCAUGGUAGUGAAGCUCCUGAGCCCAACAGUGAUAGUCCUGUAUCUUCAGAUGGUAGCAUUUCAGGAAUUAAGGCAGAUGGGCCAAUGUUCUGUAUAUCGGAUACUUCUGAUUGUUCAUUGACACUUGAUCUGUCAGAAGAAAAUGAUCCAAAGCUAGAUGGCAACAAAGUGAACAGGAAAGAUGGUGCUACGGCCUCUUUUAUGAAUGAUCUGCAAACUGGUGGUAAUGCCAACUUAGGUCUGAGCUCAUUUUCUAACGAUAGAGAUGACUCUGGAAGCAAGCCUGGUCUUUCAAAGGAAAAAACUGUCAGGAGCAAAGAUGCAGUAGGACCAAAGAGAAACUCCCUGAAAGAUAAAUCUUCAAGUUCCACAAAACCCACCGCUGGCCCUCCCAACCACCCCAGACCAGUCAGAACUCUGAAUUCCUCAGAGAAUUCAAGCAUGAGAAAAGUAGUACCCAUUUCUAGGUCAGCUAAAGCAGCUGCACCCCCUAGUUGUACAACGAAAAAGCCAGAGCCUAAGCCCGCGCCUCGAGACACCAGCAUGACGGAAGCGCGGUUGUCACGUCGCAACUCCAUCCGGGGCACCACAGAUGCAACAGCAAAACCUCCGUACAGGCAGAGCAUAUCUGUAGAGGAGCCAAAACUCCAGCGGGGGACUGCAACUUCAAGCAGUGGUCAGUUUGAGAGGGAGCCCCUUCAACACAAGGGCUCCUUCAAAAAGCCAAGCUCUAAACCAGUCAGAUACGUCCCUAAGUCGAAACCCGAUGAAACGAAAAUGUGCCGCUCUUUGACCAAAUCCCCUACGGAUACUAACAAAAGCACAACUGUCGUCAUUCCGAAGACCCCGGCUCCUGUCCCAAGCUUUGCACGGAAUACAGUGGCCUCUUCCUCCAAAUGUGCAAAGGUGGAUUUGCCACCCCCUUCCAAACCGCCAGCCCUUACAAGGUCGCUGUCUCAGAGGCUACCUAGGAUGAGAAUAACAACAGCCUCUGACGAUUCUAAUCCAAAAGAAAACGGCGGGAGUACACUGAAAAGAGCAAAUAGUGCUAGAAUUAUCAAGAGGAACACUGACAACAGUGAGCUACUAAGUGUUAAAGCAGAGCCGGUGCUAAGAGAACAAAUAAUAAUAGAAAAAUCAGCAUCUCUUAAAUGUCAAGAUGGAAAUCAAACUGCAAUAGGGAAACUACUGAAUCACUUUUGAAAAUAAAGGGGGGUUGUAUUGUUUGGCAAUAUAGAAUGUGAAGACCAGCUCUUUUAAUGCUAAAUAUUUCUGUUAUGAGACAUCCCAAACAGUAAAGUUGUGUCAUUAUAAUAGUAUCAAUACGAAUUAAGGUACGUUGCGCAGAUCCUGCUGUACGUCUGAACUGAAUGUAUUCAAAACUACUGUGAUGGAAUAGCUAGAACAAAGUUCCCUUGCGUUC